GCAGCCAGGCAGCCGGGGGCAGCACCGGCGCUCGCAUCUGGCCUGCUUGGCGGGAAUGGCUGGCUACCUGCGGGUCGUACGCUCGCUCUGCAGAGCCUCCGGCUCCGCGCCGGCCUGGGCGUCGGCAGCCCCGACGGGCCCCAACUUGCAGGAGCAGCCGCGGCGCCACUAUGCUGACAAGAGGAUCAAGGUGGCGAAGCCGGUGGUGGAGAUGGACGGCGACGAGAUGACCCGGAUCAUCUGGCAGUUCAUCAAGGAGAAGCUCAUCCUACCCCAUGUGGAUGUCCAGCUCAAGUAUUUCGAUCUGGGGCUCCCACACCGUGACCAGACCGACGACCAGGUCACCAUAGACUCGGCGUUGGCCACCCAGAAGUACAGUGUGGCCGUCAAGUGUGCCACCAUCACCCCCGAUGAGGCCCGUGUGGAAGAGUUCAAGCUGAAGAAGAUGUGGAAGAGUCCCAACGGGACCAUUCGGAACAUCCUCGGGGGGACCGUCUUCCGGGAACCCAUCAUUUGCAAAAACAUCCCCCGCCUGGUCCCGGGCUGGACCAAGCCCAUCACCAUCGGCAGGCACGCCCACGGUGACCAGUACAAGGCCACGGACUUUGUGGUGGACCGGGCUGGCACGUUCAAGAUCGUCUUCUCCCCGAAGGACGGCAGUGGCGCGAAGGAGUGGGAGGUGUACAACUUCCCUGGCGGCGGCGUGGGGAUGGGCAUGUACAAUACCGACGAGUCCAUCUCGGGUUUCGCACACAGCUGCUUCCAGUAUGCCAUCCAGAAGAAGUGGCCGCUCUACAUGAGCACCAAGAACACCAUCCUGAAAGCCUACGAUGGGCGCUUCAAGGACAUCUUCCAGGAGAUCUUUGAGAAGCACUACAAGACUGACUUUGACAAGAAUAAGAUCUGGUAUGAGCACCGGCUCAUUGAUGACAUGGUGGCUCAGGUCCUCAAGUCUUCGGGUGGCUUCGUGUGGGCCUGCAAGAACUAUGACGGAGAUGUGCAGUCGGACAUCCUGGCGCAGGGCUUUGGCUCCCUUGGCCUGAUGACGUCUGUGCUGGUCUGCCCGGACGGGAAGACCAUCGAGGCCGAGGCUGCUCAUGGAACGGUCACCCGCCACUAUCGGGAGCACCAGAAAGGCCGGCCUACCAGCACGAAUCCCAUUGCUAGCAUCUUUGCCUGGACACGUGGCCUGGAGCACCGGGGGAAGCUGGAUGGGAACCAGGACCUCAUCAGGUUUGCGCAGACCCUGGAGAAAGUGUGUGUCCAGACAGUGGAGAGCGGAGCCAUGACCAAGGACCUGGCGGGCUGCAUCCAUGGUCUCAGCAAUGUGAAGCUGAACGAGCACUUUCUGAACACCUCCGACUUCCUGGACACCAUCAAGAACAACCUGGACAAGGCUCUGGGCCACUAGUGGGGGCUGGGCCGGGCCGAGCUGGCUGCUGAGUAACCCCCCCCCCAGGCCUUUCUAGGGGACAUUUUUUAUAAGCAAGAUGUUUUUAAUAUCUUUGUGUUUCCCCUCAUGGUGAUGUGAGGGAACAGCGUGUUUUACCUCAGCCCGUCAGUGUGUUUUGCAUACUGUAAUUUAUAUUGCCCUUGGAACACACGGUGCCACAUUUAGCUACUAAAACAAUGUUCACAAAAAUCGGCUGCUGUGUUUGUGCCCGGGGGAAGGAGGCCGCCCAGCCUGGGCCCCGGAGACAGAGGGCCUCCGGGGAUGGUAGGUUGUACCCAGGACAGACAGGGACACCGCAGGCCUGUGUCCCGGGCCUCCAUCCGUCAAGGGCCACCUCGAGGGGAGGAGACCAGGCAGCAGCGUGAGCGUCCUGAAUUCCCUCAGAGCUACCUUGCAGGCCUCUGGGCUCCCUGGAAUGACCUAGCACAAUCCUGUUACUGUACCCUCCUCUCUCUGCUUUGGGAUUGCCAUCACUUCCCGUGAGAUUUUGGUUUUUUACUUUGUUGGUUCUAACCUCAACAUCUCCAGACCUCUUUCUGUGGCCUUUUCUUGGUCUUCAAAAUCGAUCCCACACAGCAGCUGCCCCUACGUCCCCUCCACGGCUGCCUGGGGCUUGGGGCUCGGACCCGGACUGGGGGGACCCCACGCAGUCUAGACCACUGGGUCCCAGACUCGGGUUCAUCUUCACUGUUCUUUGGCAAAACCGGAAAGGUAAGAUGAUCAAGUUGCUGUAAAGCUGGAGAGACCGUCGGAAGGGCUGGCUUUCACGCAAGGAUUGCGUUCAACUUGGUGUCUGGUCCCCUUCACUUGCUACAAUAAAUA